AUGUUGUUGACUGGUCGACUGUACACUGAUGCUGUUGCUCAAAUGUUGUCCAUUCUAAUGUACAACAAGCGUUUCAUUCCAUAUUACGUGUCAAAUGUUUUGGCUGGUUUAGAUAGUGAAGGCAAGGGUGUUGUUUAUAGCUACGAUCCAAUUGGUCAUUGUGAGCGUGCCAAGUAUCGUGCUGGAGGGUCAUCAGGACCUCUAUUGCAGCCAGUAUUGGAUAACCAAAUUGGUUACAAGAAUAUGCUGUUGGAUGAGAAGCCAGCUUUGACUAAAGAACGCGCUACUGCCGUUGCUAUUGAUACUUUCAUUUCUGCAGCUGAGAGGGAUAUCUACACUGGCGAUGCUUUUUAUAUUAAUAUCAUUAAUAAAGAUGGAGUUGAGGCAAAGGAGAUUCCUUUGAGGAAGGAUUAAAGAAUAGAACUCAAGAUGUGAGUAUUUUUUUUAUCAAUUUGUAAUUGUGUACUGGUGGUUUCCGGUUAAUAAAAUUAGUUCAACUAAAAGAAUGAAAAGCCAUACACAAACUUCUUCUAAAAUCGAAUUAAAAUCGAUCUCAUUGCGUUUUACUUGUCGUAAAUAAUUCGCGAAGUCUGUUGUACUGAACAAAAAAUCGAUUCUUUUUUAAUCUACAUAAUUAUGUGAAA